AUGAAGCUUAACAUCUCCUACCCUGCCAAUGGCAGCCAGAAGCUCAUCGAGAUCGAAGACGAUCGCAAGCUCCGUGUGUUCAUGGACAAGAGAAUGGGUCAGGAGGUUCCAGGAGACAGCGUCGGCGACGAGUUCAAGGGCUACAUUUUCAAGAUCACCGGCGGUAACGACAAGCAAGGUUUCCCAAUGAAGCAGGGAGUCAUGUACCCCACCCGUGUUCGUCUCUUGCUCUCCGAGGGCCACUCCUGCUACCGUCCCCGCCGUACCGGUGAGCGCAAGCGCAAGUCCGUCCGUGGUUGCAUCGUCGGCAUGGAUCUCUCCGUCCUGGCACUCUCCAUCGUCAAGCAAGGCGAGAACGACAUCCCCGGCAUCACCGACACCGUCCACCCCAAGCGUCUCGGACCCAAGCGCGCUACCAAGAUCCGCAAGUUCUUCGGUCUCACCAAGGAAGAUGAUGUCCGCAAGUUUGUUAUCCGUCGUGAGGUUCAGCCAAAGGGUGAGGGCAAGAAGCCAUACACCAAGGCCCCCAAGAUCCAACGUCUCAUCACCCCUCAACGUCUCCAACACAAGCGCCACCGCAUGGCCCUCAAGCGCCGCAACUCCGAGCGUACCAAGGAUGCCGCCACCGAGUACGCCGCUGUCCUUGCCAAGCGUGUCACCGAGACCAAGGCUGCACGUGCCGAUCUCCGCAAGCGCAGAGCCUCUUCCAUGCACAAGAUCUCCCUGUCGGCAAGUCUGCUCUGCGAGGUUGGUCGUGAAGUGAACAAACACGAGGAGUUCUUCAAAGACAACUUUCAGCAGAAGUUCGAAGGUGCUCUCUUGAAAUGCAAGAAAGAGUUCGAAAAGAUUGCCGCGGCGGUCGAGAAGGUCAACCCAUAUAAGAGAGACGAGUUCGACGAGCAGAGCAAAAAUCUGUCACAGACGCCAUGGAGGAAAUUAGCACGGGGUCUGGGGUUGACGGACAUCGAGUUCGGUGACUUUGAGGAUGUGUUGGAAGACUCCUAUACGAUUGCGAAAACGGUGCAGUUCAUGGUGCAGCUUGUCAUUCUUCAGAUCCACGCACAGCAUGAUGGUGUCCAGCCUUCGUUCUCGACUCUGUAUGAUGGCGUACCCGUUGAGCUCAGAGGCGCAGCUUUGAGGUCGAUUGUUCUCGAUGAAAAUGAUGAUUCGGACUAUGAUGGCGACAGGUCGUCGAGCUCGAGGUCUUUGAAUGACGAUUAA